UAAUUCGUGAAGCCUCCUAAAGCAUUUUGUCAUGCACCUCGUGUGCAAUGCCAAGCCACUCUUCUCCUCGACAGCAUUCCGCGCGUCAACCUGCGCCGCCGCCGCUGCUCCGCCGUGCCGCCUCACAGCAACAACCACGUCCGACCACACAGAAAACCUCCUUCUCUCCGCUCUUCUGAGCCGCCGUUUCGCCCGAGGCCCUUCGCUCCAAGUUCACUCCCUACUCCUCACCACCGCUCUCCACCGCAACCACAUCGGCGCCGCCGGUAUCAGAGUCUGGAACACCCUAUUACGCCACUACGCGCUGGGAUGCUUCCCCGAAGAGGCCAUCCUCCUCUACAAGCAAAUGGAGCAGCUCUGCUGCCGCCCCCUCCCCACCGACACCUUCACAUUCUCCUUCCUCAUCAAGGCCUGCGCUAAUCUAUCGCUCCCGUGCACUGGUAGACAGUUCCAUGGCCUCUCACUGAAGAAAGGUUUGUGCUCCGACAUCUAUGUCGAUACAGCUCUCGUCAAUAUGUAUUCCACCUGUGGAUCCUUGCUUGAGGCACAGAGAGUGUUCGACGGAAUGCCGCACCGGAACUCUGUUUCUUGGAACGCCAUGCUGACCGGUUUUGCAUGCUGGGGCGAGCUUGCCUCUGCUCGAUCGUUGUUUGAGCAAAUGCCUCACAGGAAUGUGAUCUCCUGGACCGGCUUGAUCGACGGGUAUACCCGUGCUUGCAGGCCGCUCGACGCUUUGUCUCUGCUUGGGCAGAUGAUGGCGGAAGGCAUCAUGCCAACAGAGAUUACAGUGUUGGCCGUAGCCCCUGCAAUCUCCAACCUCGGAGCCGUCCUCAAUGUCGAAACAUUGCACGCUCACUGUGACAAAUGUGGCCUCUGUUUGUUAGACAUUCGGGUGCAGAAUUCCCUGAUCGACAUGUAUGCUAAAUGCGGCUCCAUCGAGAGCUCGUUCAAGUUCUUCGAGCACAUUGGCAGCCGGAGGAACGCAGUCUCGUGGACCUCGAUCAUCACCGGAUUCGCAGCGCACGGGAUGGCGAAUGAGGCGGUGAAACUGUUUGACGAAAUGCUCCGCGCAAAUGUUAGGCCGACUCGGGUGACAUUCUUGAGCAUGUUGAAUGCUUGCAACCACGGAGGCCUAGUGGAAGCAGGAUUGAGAUUCUUCAUGGCCAUGGUGUACGAGUACCGCAUUGAGCCGGAGACGAAGCACUACGGCUGCUUGAUAGACCUUUUGGGAAGGGCAGGCAGGUUGAAAGAGGCAGAGGAUGUGAUUGCAGGCAUGCCAGUGGAAGUUAACGUGGUUGUGUGGAGGACCCUUCUUGGUGGCUGCAGCAAGCACGGCGAGGUAGACAUCGGCAAGAGGGUGAUGAGGAGGAUACUGGAAUUGGAGGGUGGUUACAGUGGAGACUAUGUCGUGUUGUCCAACAUGCUCAUCGAGGCGGGAAGGUUCGAUGAGGCAGAGGAUGUGAGGAAGAUGAUGGAUGAAAGGAACGUCGUAAAGAUUCCCGGUGUCAGUUUGAUUUCUUGAUGAUUGAAGGGACCUUGAGGCUCUUCACCAUUGGAAUCGUAUGUAAUUGUAAGAAAGUAAUGCCAAUGAUAUCAUCGUCUUAUCGACAAACAUGAGGCUGAUUUAGCCCAAAACAUAUUAUGUGUUGAGUGAGGAGAUCAUUCAGUUGUCGAGGAGGAUAAGGCGGCGACGGUGGUGCUUCUUCUGUCAUUGUACAUGUCUCCUCCUGGAGAGUGUUUUCACCAUGCCCUUCAAUAUUUUCAAGAACCAAAACAAGUUCAGCAACGCCAUCGCGGGGCUUAUCGUUAGCAUGCUGUAGAGUCCCACAGAGAAUAUUGUCUUCACCUAUAAGCAAAAGGGUGAGAACAGUAAUUUAUCAUGACAACAAACACUUCGAGUGAUCACAAUACGAUUGAUUAUUCAUCAGUAAUUAGGUAAGUGAUGAAGCACAGCCGAAGGAUGAGAUAUAAUUCUCAGGAAAAAUUUGUUGAUUUUCAUUCAAAAAAAAAAAAAGGGAAAUUAAAAUUUUUAUUAACUCAAAACUUGUCUAUUACAUGGAAUCUUUAACUUUUUUUAUAUAGUUUGAUGAUUUAUUUUUUAUAAAAUCAUAUACCUUUCUAAUCUCUCUAAUUUUUU